AAAAGUUCUUAAAUGAAAGUUCUCUAUAUCGAAAGUGGAAGUGUUGGUGACCUUGGGGGGAUGACCUUUGUAUGCAGAGCUCGUGACAAAAAGCUAUGACGCCGAAUGUAAACAGAAACUUUUAAAAAUUGUCUUUGCCAUGGAAAUGUUUCAAAAGAAGUGGCUUAGAAAAGAAAUUGAACUAAAUCAAAGACACGAGGAUAUAUUAGCAGAACGAGAGGAAUUAUUGAGUCAGAACAAAAUCCAGCUUUAUAAUCAUGGAGAUAAACUUAAAAAACUUUCAAACGAUUUGGAAAUGGCAAGAAAAAGAAACAAUAAAUUGAGAGAAGAAAUAGAGCUGUUUGAAAAAGACAUGCAAACUCAGCAAAAACAACAUGGGGUCAAUUCAGAGUUGGAAGUUUUGAAAGCAAGGUAUUGGGAAAUGGUCAUGAGGGAAUUGUCAUCACUGUGAAAAGUUAAGCAGUGAACAUUAUGUGGAAAUUGCUACCAUAUCUCUGGUGAUCAAAGGAAGCAAGCUGAUUGCUAUUACCUUAAAAUAGGUUGGUUUACAGUAUAUACAGCAUAACAUCCGAGGGAUAAUACUACAGCUUAUAGCUAGUUAGGGUUACGAGACAUUGCAAAAUCAAUUUAUUAUCAAUUUCUCCAAAAACAAGUCAAACAUGAGUCUAUACAUAUAUAGCUAGGUCAUUAUAAGGAAUACAAAUCAAACAA